AAAGGCAGAUAUCCACAAACCAACACGCACAUGCCAAACAAGGGGUAGUGCUGACAGAGAGGGGGAGAAAGGGAGACAAGGAAGCAAAGUAGCGAGAAGCGGAGAGAGACAGAAAGAGACAUCCAGCAGAGUCCCGUGAAGACGCUUGAAUGAAAACUUUCUAGGGAAGACAGAAGGGAUCUCGGGGCACGUCUGAUUUCACUUUUGACCCAGUGGAUAAACAGACAUGGACGAAGAAUCUCCCAGCCAGGAGACACCUGGGUCCACAGAAAUGACCGGUCAGACUGACACCAACAACAACAACAGCCAGACAGAUGAGCCAGAGCUGGAGGAGAGUAGAGAUCCUGGGAGAAUAUCUCCAGGAAAGGAAAUAGCAGAAGGUCAGGAGGUAAUGGAGGUGGGGGAAGAGGGGGAGAAGGAUUCAACACAAGAGCAGGGAGGAGAAGAGAAUGCCAGGGUCGGCGACACAGAUAAGCCUCAGACUGCUGCAUCAAAGCAUCUUGAGGAUGAUGCUGAAGAGGCUGGACAUGAUAAGGAUAAAGGGUCCACUGAUGUUGAUGUUAAGGAUCCUGAAGCAACGAGAAGAGAAAAAGAUGGGGAGGAAGAGAGAGAGGAAGACAAGAAAGGACAGGUGGAAGAGGUCAACAGUUGUGAGACUGGGAGAGAUGGAGAGGAGAUGAAGGACAAAAACAAUGAGAAAGAGAAAACAGAGGAAAAGACAAAAGAAGCAAGAAAAGAUGUGGAUGAAAAAGCUGCAAAAAGAACUGAAAAGAAAAAACAAGAUAAGGAAGUGGCUGUAGAAACAAAGGACAAAGGAAAGAUGAAGGAGUUAGAAAAGCAAGGGAAGACCAAAAGAAAGAGUGGUCCUGCCUCCUCUUCGCUCUCACGCCCGAGACCCUCUGCAAGGUCGAUUAGAGCAGCCGCAAAAAACGACAUCAUUGCCAAGUUUCAGCAAGGUGCACCAGAGACACCCAUUCCCCGCAACUUCAAGAUUCAGAGGUCAUCUACAGCUCUGGCUACGGGAGCUUCAAUCAAACAGAAGAUUCUUCAUUGGUGUCACAACAAGACUCGCAACUAUGAGGGUGUCAAUAUAGAAAACUUCUCAUCAUCCUGGAGUGAUGGGCUGGCAUUCUGUGCUCUGAUCCACCGUUUCUUUCCUGAUGCUUUUGACUACAGUUCUUUGAACCCAAAAGACAGGGAGAAAAACUUCACUCUGGCCUUCCAAACAGCAGAGUCCCUCGCUGACUGCUGCCCUCUGCUGGAAGUGGGUGACAUGCUCAUGAUGGGUUACAACCCUGACCCCAUGUGUGUCUUCACAUAUGUCCAGUCCCUCUGUCACAGCCUCACCAAAAUAGAGAAAGAGAGGAGGGACAAAGAGAAGGAGGAGAAAGACAAGGCUGGUGAUGAUGGAGAUGUGAAAGCAGAGGAUGGAGCAGGGGGGGUGUCACCAGAGAAGGAUGAGGGAGAGUCUGCUGAGAACGAGACGACGGAGGGCCGAGAUGGUAAACAGGGAGAUGCUACAGAGACAGGAGGAACCGCUGAGAAAGAAAGUGCACCAAACAGCUGUGAGAUGGAGGGAGAUGGAGGAGGGUUGGUCGAGGCAGAGUCCUAGAAAAAUACUGACAACAAAGACAAAGACUGAAAAGACCAAAAAGAUUGUUCAUGCUUAUGGUAUUAUGUUGAGUAAGUCGGAGUGAGUAGGACUUUAAGACCGACUACUGGAACAGUAAAGAUGCACAUUGACUCAAAUGCUGGCAAUGUGAUUUACAGUUAGCUGUACGUUUGAAAGUGUACUUCUGUUUUUUUUUUCAUUCACUGGCAUGUUGUUGUAUACACAUAAAGCAGAGAUGUUUGUUUCCUCCA